CGAGUAGCUGGGUCUACAGAUGCUCACUACCAUGCCCAGCUUAGUUUUUAUUUUUAUUCAACAUUAUUGUUAUUCUAGAAUGUUCUUCUAAUUACCAUCAAUAAAAGACAAAUAUUUAAAGUUUUUAACCAUUGUAAAACUGCAAAAACUAAAAUAUAGUACAAUUUGGAGUAAGAUAUAAAGUAAUGGAUUAUCAGUUUCUGAGAUAAAAAAGUAUUUCCAGUGUUCUAAAGGUAAUUAAGUAGAUAUAGUCAUGGUCAUAUUUAACUGCUGAGGUAACUUUUUUAGUACUUUUCAGGUUUUGCCAUAAAGACCAUUAUUUUUAGUUUUUCAGUGGAAGACAAAUCAGAGAUUUUCCUUCAGUAGCAGAAGAGACCGGGGUUAAAACCAGGAAUACUUCUGGUUUUGUAAAUACUGGACAUUUAUUUAAAGCAUGUUGAUUAGAGAUAUUGGGGGAAAUUAAGGUAAUUUCUGUCAAGAAACUAUGCCUCAUAGUGAUAAGUGCACAGGGUACUAGAAUAUACUCAGACUUUUUUGUUCCAUUUUAAAAGGACACUGGUAUCUUGGGACUAGAGUGAAUGUGACAGUAAUUAACAAAAUAUAGUGAAAAAAGUAAUAUCAUAGAGUAAAAGGGGGAAACAUCCCAGUAUUAGAUAUUACAUAUAUAAACCUAAAAGCCCAUUUAGACAUAAUUUUUAUUAUUUGCUAAUACUCCAGGGAUGCCUUCUAUACUACAUUCUCAUGUUACUGAGACAGUUUUAUCAAGGUUUUUAUCUAUUUAAGUCUUAGGAAAUCUCUGUUAACUUUAUUACUAUAUUACAGUUAUUGCUACCAAUAUUCCAAGGUGCUUGGAAACGUUGUUUUGAGUUAGUGAUCUGUAGUUAGCCUGUAAAGAGAUGUAAGUCCAGCGUUUGCAUUAGAUAGCCUUUUUCUUUUCUUGUAAUUUCUGCACCGUUUGGUAAGUUAAAUGUCCAGUGUAAUUAAUGGAUUUGUUUCACAAUGGUUGUGCUGGUGGAGACAUUGUUUGAAAGUUGAGAAGGAAAAGAAGAAAACAAAAGGAUUAAUGCGUGAAUGUAUUUUAGUACUAAAAAGCGUAUAUGCUUUAAAGUUUCUUCCAAAAUAAGUUUAAAUAAUAAAGUCAUAUUUUUGGCCAUCAUUAUUUACUUGUUAUACAGGCUGUGUUAUAAUUUAGAGGAAAACAAGUUUUGGAAAGAGAGAAGCCUCAGAAAAACUUUCUAUUGCCUGGGUGUGGGCCAGGUCACAUGGAUUGGGUGUGGGAAGUUUCAGUGUUGCAGAACAGACCAGGAAGCUCACUGAGAAUUAUCCUGAGCUGUGUCUAACAAACUGACAAAAGAGAACACGGAAUUUUUCUUCAAAAUGGAUUGGUUAAAUGUCUUUAAAGAUUUUUUCAGCAUUGGAAAAGUGAAAAGAAAACCUAGUGUGCCAGAUUCUGCAUCUCCUGCUGAUGAUAGUUUUGUUGACCCAGGGGAACGUCUCUAUGACCUCAACAUGCCCGCUUAUGUGAAAUUUAACUACAUGGCUGAGAGAGAGGAUGAAUUAUCAUUGAUAAAGGGGACAAAGGUGAUCGUCAUGGAGAAAUGCAGUGAUGGGUGGUGGCGUGGUAGCUACAACGGACAAGUUGGAUGGUUCCCUUCAAACUAUGUAACUGAAGAAAGUGACAGUCCUUUGGGUGACCAUGUGGGUUCUCUGUCAGAGAAAUUAGCAGCAGUCGUCAAUAACCUAAAUACUGGGCAAGUGUUGCAUGUGGUACAGGCUCUUUACCCAUUCAGCUCAUCUAACGAUGAAGAACUUAAUUUUGAGAAAGGAGAUAUAAUGGAUGUUAUUGAAAAACCCGAAAAUGACCCAGAGUGGUGGAAAUGCAGGAAGAUCAAUGGUAUGGUUGGUCUAGUACCAAAAAACUAUGUUACCAUUAUGCAGAAUAAUCCAUUAACCUCAGGUUUGGAACCAUCACCUCCACAGUGUGAUUACAUUAGGCCUUCACUCACUGGAAAGUUUGCUGGCAAUCCUUGGUAUUAUGGCAAAGUCACCAGGCAUCAAGCAGAAAUGGCAUUAAAUGAAAGAGGACAUGAAGGGGAUUUCCUCAUUCGUGAUAGUGAAUCUUCGCCGAAUGAUUUCUCAGUAUCACUAAAAGCACAAGGGAAAAACAAGCAUUUUAAAGUCCAACUAAAAGAAACUGUCUACUGCAUUGGGCAGCGCAAAUUCAGCACCAUGGAAGAACUUGUAGAACAUUACAAAAAGGCACCAAUUUUUACAAGUGAACAAGGAGAAAAAUUAUAUCUUGUCAAGCAUUUAUCAUGAUACUGCUGACCAGACGUGACUGCUGCAUAGCUGUAAUUUAACGUGUAAUUGAACACUGAGAAAAUGUUGGGUCCAGUUGUGCUUGAUUGGAAAUUGCUGUUUCUAAUUCUAUAUGAGAAUGACUAUAAUAAUAUUUUUAUUAUAACUCAGCCCAUACAUAUAUACUAUGUAUGCAGUGCAUCUGCAUAAAAUAAUUCCUUAUCCUUGGUCUUCUGUUUUAUUGUUUUCUUCUUUGCUGUUUUUGCUUUGCUUCUAAUAUUACUGUUUUGUAUUUUGAAAAAAAAAAAAAAUCAAAUAAUGCAGAUCAGAAUCUUUAUAUGGAAGAAAUCCUUUAUUGCCUUUCCUUUAUUUCCUUGUAAAGGAACCCUGUUAGUUCUGUUAUGAUCUCUCUUUAUAUAAAAUUAUUAUAUCUAUAUAUGACAUAUGCUAAAAUAAAUUUCUUGGAGAGUGUUAAUUUUUUCUGUGACUAAAUAGCAAUAAUAAAUGGAAAAUUAGAAAUUAUUUCCAGGUAUUAUAUUUGUCACAGGUCAUUGUAACCAAGUAUAUUGUGUCUGCCAUGAUUUUUAAAAAUUCAUUCAUUGUCUUCAGUCAUACAGCAAGACACAUGAGACAUAGGUUAGAAAACCUGUUGUACAAUUUUAAUUUACAACUGUUGGAAACAAAAAUCACUAAAUUCUU